AGUGAUUUCAAGUGGGUGCCAAAUUUCCAUUUUCCUAUAGUGUGAUGGUGUGUUCCGUGAUAUAAUAUUAAGGAAAUUUUGAAACAAACAAUCUGAUUGUUGUUAUUAGUGAUCGACGAUGUCGGCUCUUAAACUGAGCGCAACCGCUUCUAUCUACGUCCGUUCACCCACAACCACCGCCACCGCCGCCGCAAAACCCCUCUUCCUCUCAUUCUCAAACUCCAUCACUUCCAGAAGCUUCCACCAACACAAACGCUUCCGAUACACCCCCUCCGCAACCAAAUUCCCAAUUUCCAAUAAACCCCCCUCUUUCUCCGCCAAUUUUGGGGUUUCCGGAAAAGCCCUAGUUUCAACCGUUCCACCACAACCAGAGCAACCGGAAUCUUCCAAAUUGCUCACUCUGCCCACCAUUCUGACCCUCGGCCGUGUCGCCGCCGUGCCGCUUCUUGUUGCCACUUUCUAUAUGGAUGGUUGGCGAGGAACAGUGGCUACUACCACAAUCUUCAUUGCUGCUUCUGUUACUGAUUGGCUUGAUGGUUACAUUGCUCGCAAGAUGAAUUUAAAAUCUUCAUUUGGUGCAUUCUUAGAUCCUGUAGCUGACAAGCUUAUGGUUGCUGCCACAUUGGUUUUAUUAUGUACUAGACCUUUGGAGGUUGGUUUGUUUGCACAAGCACCCUGGUUACUACCCAUACCUGCGAUUGCCAUCAUUGGUAGAGAGAUUACCAUGUCUGCUGUCAGGGAAUGGGCCGCUUCCCAGGAUAGUAAACUUUUAGAGGCUGUUGCUGUAAAUAACUUGGGGAAGUGGAAAACAGCCACGCAGAUGACUGCGUUAGCCAUCCUCCUCGCCACCCGGGACUCAAGUCAUGGAGAAACUGCUUUUGUAGUGGGGUCUGGUGUUGCUUUGCUUUAUACUUCAGCAGGGCUUGCUUUAUGGUCAUUGGUUGUAUAUAUGAGGAAAAUUUGGAAAGUGUUGUUGAGAUGACAUACUAAUCAAUAUCUCUAGUGAUGGGCACUUGGCGCAUGAUUCCAUGGAUAUAGUGCAUUUGACACUGAUUUUCUGAUCAAUCUUGGUACUCUUGACUCGCACUGUGACGCCAAACAUUGGAUUCAUGGA